AUGCUGACGGAUGCUGCCUUAGUGGCCAGGAGACAAGAAGCCAUGGAAGCAGCUCGGAUGAAGAUGCAAGAGGAACUUGAUGCCAAAGCUUCCAUCUUCAGAGAGAAACAGAAACAGCAAGAAGAAGAAAAGCGGAGGCAGAAAAUCAAGAUAUGGGACAGUAUGCAACAGGGAAAGAGUUACAGAGGAACAGCCACACCUUCUCAGGUGAGAGUCGACCUCUUCAUCAGACUGUUCCCUGGUGGACACAUUAUGAAAUGGAUUUGAAAUGUUAAACAGUUC